AUGAACUGUGCUCCACCAACCCCCUCCCUCUCAGGACGAACAAUUCUUGGAACAUCUGUGAUGGCCGAAACAUGUCUAAAAUGUCCCUGUGGCAAUUCCUCACGGUUCUCACAACGGCCACGCUUCGAGAAAGGCACCUCACUUCCCCAAGGGGCCCACACUUUUAAAUUCAGGCUUAAAAUCCCAGAAGGGAACAUGCCUUCGUCCUUCCAGGGGAAACAUGGAAAAAUUGUCUAUGUGGUUGAAGCAAAGAUAUCUAGGAGCUGGCAUUUGCCUUCUGCAGUACAAAAAGAGAUCAAGUUUGUUUCUAAGGCAUUUCUAAACACUCCUCAAGUAAUGUGUCCACAAUCUAGUUCAGUGAGUAAAGAUGUCGGUGUUUUCUCUAAGGGACAGGUUCAAAUGUCUGCUACCAUUAGCAGAGGAAUUUGUUUUCCAGGUGAAACAUUAGCUGUUGUUGCCAAAAUCUGUAACUCUUCCUCCAAGAACAUAAAACCCAAAUUAAAACUUCAGCAGAAAAUAGUGUACAGAUGCGAUGGCAAGACUAAAACCUGUGAUGAGACUCUGUUCAAAGAGGUCAGGGACACUAUCCGUCCAAACUCAGAGCAAACUGCCUCCUGCCAGUUGAAGAUUCCUAUUGAUGCCAUCGCCACCCUCCGUAACUGUGAUAUCAUCUCAGUUGAAUAUCAGUUAAAGGUAUAUCUGGACAUUAGUUUUGCCUUUGACCCAGAGGUGGUGUUUCCACUGGUCAUCAUUCCUUACAGAUUUGCAGCCAUUCAGCCUGGGGAGCCUGUGGGCCCUUACCCACCUGGGAGAGCCUGGGCUCCAAGUUACAGCAACAAUCCUUCCCUUGCCUUCCCCGCUGGAUCAGAUUCCUCUGUGGUCGUUGUUUUUGCCUAG